GCAGAUCGGUCAUGUACCACAGUUAAAUAUGAAAAGUAUUUUGAUCGUAAGGUAGACAGAGAAAGGAGAUAAACAUAUUGCCACUGGAGGAAGGUGAAACCACUGUAAAUCCUGAAGCAAGGUAAAAGUUAUUACUUUUGCCUUAUCAAAAUACACAAGGAAAACCUGGAUACUCCACAAUGUGCGAGGUGUUAAUUGUUCAUACCAGUGAGGCCAGUGAAUGGGCCGAGUAUCUACAGCAAAUCUUGGUGGAAUCGUGUUACUUUAUGGAAGGCUCCAUUGUUUUGAUUGAUGUUUUUGAACAAAAUUUGCUGGAAAAUCAGGAACUGUUUGACUCGGCAAGUAUCAGCAAGUGCAUUGUGCCUUUGCUGUCUACCGUGUUCUUGGACAUGCAGAGAGAUCCAGAAGUGCUUGACACUUUCCGGGAACUUCUCCGACCCCCUCACAAAGUCGUUGCAUUUUUGUGUGGAGUAUUAGAAAGUGAAAUAUCAGCAGACUAUUUUGAACACUGGGAUCUUUGGAAAAAGCUCAGUUCAGAAGAUGAUCCUUCAGUAUAUGUGUCGACAGUCCUUGAGUGCAUUAAUGAUGGAUGUAUUAGUAUACAACAUGACCAGGAGACAAAAGAUGCAAUUCAACUAGAAGAACACAUGGAUGAGUUCACAUUAUCGGACAUUCCUGGGAGCCUAAAUUUAUCUGAUGAAAAAGAGCAGCAUGAGGUGAAUGAGGAUGAUGUUUGUUCCACUGAUGAGCAGACUUGUGCCUAUGAGACACAAAAGGAUGAGACCUGUCUUACCGUCCAACCAGACAGAAUACUAUGUGGGACUCGCAUGAAUAUUUACAUAAUCUUGGUAAAGAAAUUCACCGGUGAGGGCAGCAUGGAGGUUGAGUUUCACUCUCAGGACUCAACACCUAAACGAAUGCCUGGAACUAUUAUAAACGAGUGUAUUAUUACUGUACAGUCACCUGAUAUGCCAGCUGGAAAUGUAUCAUUAACUCUUUAUAACAAUGAAACGGUGAUCUGCUCAACGACAGUAAAGUAUUACACAGAAAUGGAGGAAAUUUGCAGAUAUCUAGAGAAAGCAACUGAUCCAAUGCAGUUCAUGUGUCAGGCAUUUGAUAUCACAUCAAAUGCACCCGAGUCCCUGGAUAAUUUGCUUACAGACUCUCUCAAAGAACGAAUGCCUCUGAAUGGAUCACAAGUGUUUGGAAUUAGUCAAAUUGCACAGGAGACAACACCAGCAAAUCACCGUGACAUUGAACUCCCAACACUGCUUCACUUCUCGGCAAAGUAUGGGUUUAAAAAAUUGACAUCUUUGUUAAUGCGGUGCCCUGGAGCCUUGCAGGCCUACAGUGUGAUGAACAAAGAUGGAGAUUACCCUAACACGCUGGCAGAAAAGAGUAACUUCUCCGAUUUAAGGCAGUUUAUGGAUGAAUAUGUUGAGACAGUGGACUUAGUGAAGGCCCACGUGGAGGAGUCCCAGACCACCCCUGAAAGUGAAGAUGUCUAUGAAGAUAUGUUGACAGCUUCCCACAAUUUCAUCACAGAUUAUGGGGAUAGUGAGGAUAUUUACGAGUGUAUGAUGAAACUGGAUCCUGAUAUGGGUUUGUAUGAGGACUCAGAAAGUACUUUGGAGGACUCCAACCCUGAAGAUACAAUGCUGAGAAAUUUUUUUAAAGCAAAACCGGAAAAAACUCAUAUAAAAUCCUUGAAUCACAAUUCAACCAAUGGUGGAUAUCCUGGCAUGGAUGGCGAUGAAUACCAUGACAUGGGCCUUGAUCUGGAAACCUAUGGUGAAAUGGAGGAGGACCCGUAUAACACGUGCUGCAUUGAUAAAAUUUAUGACACCGUGGAGCCUCCUUUUAGCGUUACUCCUGAAGUUCUCAACCGCCCACCUGCACCAAUUCCACGGCCACUCAAUCUGCCUGAGCCUGAAGAGAAUACAACCUACAUUUCCAAAGUGUUUUGCCCCAAGGAGCCUGUAUACUCACUAAGCAAACAGCCAGAAAGAGAUUCUUUAGCACCUGUGCAACUGAUGCGAGACAUGGACAUGAGCAGUCACCAUGACCCCUUUGCAGGCAUGAAGACCCCUGGACAGAGGCAGCUAAUCUCACUGCAGGAGAGGGUCAAGGUGGGUGAGCUUACUGUUGAAGAAGCAGUGGAGGAAUUCAAGGCUUGGCAGGUUGAUCAAAAUAAAAGGUCACACUCCCUCCGUUUUCAACAGGACAAUUUACAGAAAUUAAGAAACAGCAUCACUCGGCGCUGUAGAGACAAAGGGACAAGUGAGCUUAUGAUUACAGCACCAAUGCAAACAAACACUCAGUGGGGUCCUCAAGUGAACAUGAAUUGUUCGGUGUAUGAACCAGCACCUCGUUUGGUUACCCAACCCCCUCCUGUUAGUAGACCGCUGCAGAGAGGAACCUGGCCGACAAUAAGCACCUCCAGCACUUCAAGUAGUGGCAGUCACAGAUUGAGCAUUCAGAGUAAUGUCAGCAGCAGCAGUGGGGCAGAUGGCGAAUGUGAGGAGCCUCCAGAUAUUCCGCUUCCGCCACGGACUCCCCACCCCAUUGUGGAUACUCCACCAGUUCUCCCUCCUCCCAGAGUCCCACCACGCAUAACAGAGCUGAACCUGGAGAGCACACUAAAUGAGCGCUAUGUGUCAACUCCUGCCCGUCCUGUUCCUCAGGUGCCUCCUCAAAGUCCCAUGCCUCCACCUAUACCGAGACGGACGUGGUGAUGGUCUACUUCAAAAUGGGUGGCUUUCGAUCUGCAUGACUGUGUAAAUUUGGUGUCAAGCCUUUCAAAUUGAGAUCUUUAAAAGUAUCUGCAAGAUGGGGCAAAAGACAAUGGAUCAGUGUCCAGUGCAUGUUUUUCAAGGGUUUGAGAAAUAAACAAGACAGACUUUCAAUAAAUCAACCAUUAUCGAUUAUAUGUGUUAAUUUAUGAAAAGUCUUCUGCUGAAGGGAAUAGGAAUGCAGUAUGUUUAGGAGUCCUCUGAUGUGGUUGCUUGGUUAACAAACAGCUUUUCAGUGUGUGCAUUCUGAGUACCAUUAGUUAUAGCAAACAGCAUACUCAAGAACUGAACUACUUUUUUUGCACUCUGUCAAAUUACUGUAAGCACUGUGUUGGCUGUGAACAGUGCAGAUCAGAUUUUUCAAGUUGCUUAGUUUUCUCUGUUUUGAACAUAUGUAUUCCUGAAUGCACUUCACUGCUGGCUACAAUAUAUAGUGUAUACUGUACAUAGGCGUGGGGUGAACGAACUGCAGGGUAAUGCUAUCCGAUUCAUAGAAAUCGCUAAAUAACUGCUCGCCCAUUUAUGAGAUCAAUAUGCAGUAGCAAUUUUGCUUAGUUUAUUUCAAAGCUGUAAACCCCUUAACCCUUUCAGGCAUAGUGGUCACUACAGUGGACAGCUAUUAAAACCUGUUUUCUUGUGUAUGCAUGGGUUUAGAAGGUCUAGUUGCAUAUCAGCCACUUCAGUGGACGCUAUUGCAUCAUCCCAUACAUUGCCACCCUCUGGCCAGCCGUUGUAAGUGCAACAAAAUGUUCUCAUAUCCAAGACGGCUAGCGCAGGAAUAUCUUGCCAAUCCUUCGAUAGAAGGAGACCCUCGCAAGUAAAUACAAUUUGGUAACAAAGUAACUACUAAGAAGUAAUACAACUGUAACAUUGUUGAAGUAUUGCAUUUAUUUUUGGAGGAAAUUACAAUUAAUAAUAUGUCCACUAAAUUGGACAACAUGCAGUGUUGGCUAUGUCAACUACAAUUCAUUCUAUUUCUGCGACUGAGUUGUUCUUGAAAAUACUUCAUCUGCAGUACAUUUUGGUCUAUAAUCAAUUGAUUUAUGUUUUUAGAAUGUAACUUGCAGUUUAUGUGGCAAAAACAACAUUUUGUCCAGAUUAGUUCCGUUAUGUGAGUAACAGUUAGUGUCUUUUUAUUUUGUAGAUCUCAAGUGCAGUUCGAGAUAGAAAGGCCUACAAGAUAGUGGAGCAAUUACCAUAAUUUCCUCCAAAAAUAAAUGCAAUACUUCAAAAAAUGUACAAUUGUAAUACUCCUUAGUAGUUACUUUAUGUUACCAAAGAGGGAGUUGAGGAUGCAGAAUGUGUUUGCAUUGUAUUGAGCAGUAUAAGAAGACACGUUAGUUUUAACAGCAUAACAUAUCAUUUUGUUCAUUGGUUUACCAGGUUCUUAUUUUGUCACAUCCCAAACACAUGCUGUCCACCUGAGUGGACAUAUACACAACUCUUUGAAAAAUGUGUGUAUUUAAACAAUGAUGUAAAAUUUUUAUUAUAUGCCUAAAGAUGAUUAAAAACAAUUGGGAAAAAUUCCUGACUAAGGUUGUCAUAAUUCAUGCAUGAAAGGGUUAAGAAUGUUAAUUUACUUUUAAAUAUAUUUGUUUUAAAAUGUUUAAUUAUUUCAGAAAUAAACACAGUGACUUAUGUUUUAAGAUAAAUUUGGCCACAGCCACUGAUCUAGAGUCAACUUUCCUUCUAUGAUAGUAACUGAAGUUUGUAUAUGAGGUGGGGAAACUGAUCAUAGACUGUUUAUAGGUGCAGCUACGAGCAGUGUUAUUCAGCAGGGGCAACAAUAAUUUCAGAUCAAUUACUUAUAAGCAUUAAAAUGAACAUCAUGCCUGUGGUCAGACUUGCCAAGCCUCACACAUACUCUGCUUAUGACUGUAUAUAUUUAAAGCUGAGCACUGUGAAUGAAACAAAGCUGAAAAUGAAAGGGGUGCAUUUAACAGUACAAAAUGUGUGAAUGCACAGUGUGAAGAAAACGAAGGACUGUGUGUGUGUGUGUGUGUGUGUGUGUGUGUGUGUGUGUGUGUGUGUGUGUGUGUUAGUGUUCACGUUAGUUAAACUAUGAUGAUGAUUAUACAUUUUUCUUUAUAACUUGUAUUUUGUUCUGCCUUUGCCUGGAGUGGAGAAUUGAUAAACCUGAAAAUAAAAUAUGAACUGUUUUGAAUUUGUGUCAUAUAACAUGCAGGAUAUUAAACACACGAGUAUUAAAUAAAGAUAA